CAUCCCUCGCCGGCCGCUCGGGCUGAGGGCCGGGCUAUGCGGCUGCGGGGAGCCGGGGGCUGGGGGCGCGCGUCCCUGAGGCGAAGUCCCCGGGGCCCGCGCGCGGUGCGCCCCCGCGCCCGCUUCGGGCUCCUGCUCCCUCCGCUGAGCGGCGUCUUUGUGUGCGGGGGUGUGGGAGGCGAGCGCGAGUCCGCGCCGCGCCGCCGAGUGCCCGCUCCCUCCCAGGACGGGUGGGGGCCUCUCCGCGCUACCCGCUGCCGCCGCCGCCGCCGCCGCCGCCUCGCGAGGACGCCAGUCGCCCGCGCCGCCCGCACCGCGCGGGGCGCGCCGCCCCCGCCCGCCGCCGCCGCCGCCGCCGCCGCCGCUCGCACAUGCCCGAGCCGCAGCCCCGCGAGCAGGCAGCGCCGGCCCCCAGCCCCGCGGCCCCGGGCCCAGGCUCCGGCGCCGUCCCUCCUCCCCAGCCGGGCGCCGCGGCCCCGGCAUGAGGAGCGGGCGAUGAUCCCCGCCAACGCCUCCGCCAGGAAGGGGCCCGAGGGCAAGUACCCGCUGCACUACCUCGUGUGGCACAACCGCCACCGCGAGCUGGAGAAGGAGGUCCGCGCUGGCCAGGUGGACAUUGAGCAGCUGGAUCCCCGCGGCCGGACUCCGCUGCACCUGGCCACCACACUGGGGCACCUUGAGUGUGCCCGUGUGCUCCUGGCUCACGGCGCAGAUGUGGGCAGGGAGAAUCGCAGCGGCUGGACAGUGCUCCAGGAGGCUGUGAGUACCCGGGACCUGGAGCUGGUGCAGCUGGUGCUGAGGUACCGGGACUACCAGCGGGUGGUGAAGCGGCUGGCGGGCAUCCCCGUGCUCCUGGAGAAGCUGCGCAAGGCCCAGGACUUCUACGUGGAGAUGAAAUGGGAGUUCACUAGCUGGGUACCCCUAGUGUCCAAGAUCUGCCCUAGUGACACCUACAAAGUGUGGAAGAGCGGACAGAACCUGAGGGUAGACACUACGCUUCUGGGCUUUGACCACAUGACCUGGCAGCGAGGGAACCGUAGCUUCGUCUUCAGGGGCCAAGACACAAGCGCUGUGGUCAUGGAGAUUGACCACGACCGCCGGGUGGUGUACACAGAGACGCUGGCACUGGCCGGGCAGGACCGGGAGCUGCUGCUGGCUGCCGCCCAGCCCACCGAGGAGCAGGUGCUGAGCCGGCUCACUGCGCCCGUCGUCACCACGCAGCUUGACACCAAGAAUAUCUCCUUUGAGAGGAACAAGACUGGCAUCCUGGGUUGGCGCAGUGAGAAGACGGAAAUGGUGAAUGGGUAUGAAGCAAAGGUAUAUGGGGCAUCCAACGUGGAGCUCAUCACCCGGACACGGACAGAGCAUCUUUCAGAACAGCACAAGGGCAAGGUCAAAGGCUGUAAGACGCCUUUGCAGUCCUUCCUGGGAAUUGCUGAGCAGCACGGGGGCCCCCAAAAUGGGACCCUGAUCACUCAGACUCUGAGCCAAGCCAACCCCACUGCCAUCACUGCAGAAGAAUACUUCAACCCCAACUUUGAGCUGGGCAACCGUGAUAUGGGCCGCCCCAUGGAACUGACCACCAAGACACAGAAGUUCAAGGCCAAGCUGUGGCUGUGUGAGGAGCAUCCCCUGUCCCUGUGUGAGCAGGUGGCCCCCAUCAUUGACCUCAUGGCUGUCAGCAAUGCGCUUUUUGCCAAGCUCCGGGACUUCAUCACCCUGCGCCUGCCUCCUGGCUUCCCGGUCAAAAUUGAAAUCCCGAUCUUCCACAUCCUUAACGCCCGCAUCACCUUUGGGAACCUCAACGGCUGCGACGAGCCGGUGCCAUCAGUGCGAGGCAGCCCCAGCAGCGAGACGCCUUCCCCAGGCAGCGACUCCUCCAGCGUCAGCAGCUCCAGCUCCACGACCUCCUGCCGCGGCUGCGAGAUCUCCCCGGCGUUGUUCGAGGCCCCGCGUGGCUACAGCGUGAUGGGCGGCCAGCGGGAGGCGGCGACCCGCGACGAUGACGACGACCUGCUGCAGUUCGCCAUCCAGCAGAGCCUGCUUGAGGCGGGCAGUGAGUACGACCAGGUCACCAUCUGGGAGGCGCUAACCAACAGCAAGCCAGGCACCCACCCCAUGUCCUUCGAGAGUCGCCGACAGGACAGGAGCGCCCCGCCCACGCCACAGCGCCAGCCUGCGCCCCCGGCAUCAGUGCCCAGCCCUCGGCCCAGCCCGGGACCGGGUUCCGGCCGCCGCGUGUUCCGGAGCUACGACGAGCAGCUGCGGCUGGCGAUGGAACUGUCGGCGCAGGAGCAGGAGGAGCGGCGGCGGCGCGCGCGUCAGGAGGAGGAGGAGCUGGAGCGCAUCCUGAGGCUCUCACUGACCGAGCAGUAGCGCCCCCUGCUGGGCCCCUUGCCUGCGCCACGCGCGCCACGCCCAUAGACUGGAGCCUGCGCGCCUGCCGAGCGGCGGCUGGAGACUGGAGCCACCACCUCGGGGAUGCAGCAGUGGACCAGGCACGGUUCGGGGAGGGAUUUGGCAUGGGAGCGGAGUACCUUUCCAGGCCAGGGCCCUGGAGGCAGCUGGCACGGCCUGGUCCCCUGCUUUGCUGUAUCCUGAUCCCCAGCCCGGUCCCCUGGGCUCAGAUCUGUCCAAGGGCGGAGCCAGGCGAUCCCGAGGGGGAGAUUAAUCCUUAGAGGGGCGCUGUCCCCAUCCCUUGCUCCUUCUGGCCGGUUCGCAUUUCUGUUCACUAACCCCACUCCAGGACACUGCCCCUGAAGCCUUUGCAUCUCUGCUCUUCACCCCUGGGGGGCAGCUGAGCUCCCCGCGUGCUGUGUCGCUGCUUUGUCCCAGACACAAACCAGCACGUCAAGGGCCCAGCCCCUCCCCCACCCCGGCAUUUCAGCGUCAAGUGCACUUAGCGGGGUGCCCGGCUCCCCCAGCCCCCACACCCGUCCUGGGUCUCAGGGUGGUCCUAACUUCUUCUUGGGCAGCCAGAAGUUGGAGUCCCAUCCCCCCCAAGGCACAUUUUUUUUUUCUUUUUUGUGAUCAGGGAGUGUGUCCAACGUAGCCCCCUGGCCUGGGCAAGCCCUGACUCCCUCAUGGUGCCUCGGAGAGUGGGGAGCAUAUUGGGCUGGGGUAAGCACUAGACCGACUAGACUGGACACAAAGGGCUCGCCCAGGGCCCUGGCGCCACCCCCACCCCUUCCCACCAGCUGCUGCUAGCCUCUGUGGUUGUACAUCCCACUUGUCCCCACACGGGGACUGACUCUAAAACCUUUCAUCCAAUGGUGCUAACCCCCGGCUCUUCCCUGCCCCACCUCACCUACCCAGAGAAGCACAGACCCCGCCAGGGGCAGGGGCCCACCGCACACCCUUGUCCCGGGCCUGUCUGGGACUGGCCUUCCCGGCUCAGCCAGUGAGGCUCAGAAGGGACACAAAAAGGGAUGGAAGAAGAAAAGAACAAAGAGAAACUGUUCCUCCCACUCCCUUCCCUGAUGCCAGGGGCACCAGACUGAUUCUGAGGCACAAUAAAAGAGGCUUCAAACUGGA